AUGGCUCUUACAGCUGUUGGAGGUGUGAUUUGUAGACAAUGCAACCUCUCAAUCCCCUUUCAUGGAUGUCUUUUGGACUUUGGAACGUGCAGAACAAAACCUGGACAGUACUGUAUAAAAGAGGUCCUUAUUAAAGGUGGAAUUCAUUGGUAUACAAUUGAAGGCUGCACAGAAAGCCAAGACCAGUGUUUUCAGAGAAUCCUGACAUCUCAUCAGAUUUACUCUACUCACUGCUGCCAUCGUCCUUUGUGCAAUUUCUGAGCCAGGGGCCCAUAUCUAAACUGGUUCACUGAUCAGUCAGUCUCAAAGCCUGAGCCAGUCAUCCCAAGAUGGCAACUACCAUCAAUCAGCCCUCUGCAAGAGCCUCAGACCUGCAGGUUGUAGGAGUUAUGGUCUGAAACCAAGGCUCUUAAUGUGCCCAACUUCUCAGCCACUACAUCCACCUCAUCUCAGAAACAUCCGUUCCUACACCAUUUCUCCUCUCUCCUCUUUCUGUUUAUUUCCCCUUUCAGUGAUUUCAAAGCCAAAAAGCAAAAAUGUGAGUGACUCUCUGAGUCAAAUUAUGCAUGUGAUAUCUACUUUACUAAUUUUCCUAAAUAUUUCCAUACUCCAAAAAACGGUUACAAAUGAGUUGUAUCACAAGAUACCAAGUGACUUGAAAGUGUUGGUUUGGUUUCCAAAGCAAACCGCCUUGCUCUUUCAGGUCAAUUUAUUGCACAAGGGAAACUGAUUUAACAAAUACUGCAGGAAAACUAAGCCGGGAAUCAGCAAACCAGGGGUAAGAACUAUGAACUCAAACAACAAAGGUCUCAGGCAGGUGCAAGGGUUGGUACUAAUUUUUCUCAUCUGUGUUAAAAUUUGUCAAAAUUUUGGAUUUCCAUACUUCAACCACACAUUAGUGCUUUGGCUAAUUUAAUUUUGGCAGAUUAAGCAAUUGAACUGAAGCAGGGAAAUGGGUUUCCCUGCACAAGAAAUUUUAAAGGUUUAUAAAUAUACUUUUAACUGCAAUUUGCAUUUUUAAUGUGCCACAUAUUCAAUUAUUCUCAUUCAAUGCCCUACUUUUGCAAUUUCAAGAUUAUUGUGUUUUAAAAUUUACAGUUAUUUUUCUCUGUAUUUCCAGGUGUUUGACAAAUUUAAAUGGUAAAUAAUAAAUCUCAAUAAAACCUUAUGUUAUUUUUUUUCCUCAGAACUUAGGGCAACAUCUUAUACA